CUCACCCCAUCCCCCUGCCCCCUCUCCCCGUCCACCUUACCUCCUUCUGCUCUCUCUCCUUAUCUGCUUACAGCUGCUUUACGUUGGAUGCUUGUCCAAACGCACCAGAUCCCUGGAUAGCCACAUCCUCUAACGAGUCUCCGCAGUGCUCUACUAUUUGCCAGGUGUGCAGUCUAUUUGGGUCUUCCAAAAAAACGGCCAGGAGAUCCUAGAGGCACGGCCCCGGACUGAAGCCACCCUGAACCUAUAUUUUGAAACCAUCCUCAUGGAAUUGGUCGAGCUACGCACGACAUCUUUGGCUGAGGCAAUGUUUGACAAGCUUGAGCUCCCAAGACCAGUUUACCAUGUGCAUAUGCUUGAGCAAGGCGGAUAUAGGGCACAGAUUGAGUUUCACCGUACCAGAGAGCAUUAUGAUGCUUCCGCACGCCGGACUAAAUUGUUGAGCCAUACAUGUGUUAGCGGAGAGGCAGCAAUGGAUCAGGCAGCCGAUCAAGCAAUUACAUACAUGGAAAAUAAUGAAAACAAGGUUCUUUUUGAUUAUAACUACUAUCGGCUGCAACAAGAAAAACAAUCUUGUGCAAGGCUUUCAGAUACCUUGUCAGAGAGAACGGAAGAAGUCAACCAGCGCAACCAGACCAUCAUACAGAUGACUAAAGAGGCGUCCAAUUAUCUGGAAGAAGUGCAUGCUGCAUCAGACAAGAUCCAUGGUCUUGCUGCCACUGCCUUAGACCCUGCUGCCAGCCUGUCUCUUUCCACUCUAAAACAAACUAUUUUGGCGAUUCAAGAUUCACUUGUUGCUCUUCAAAGCACUACCGCCGCUGCACGUGCCUCCCUAGAGGAAAAGGGCAUGUACUCAGAGGAUGAUGUGGCUCAACCAACCUACGAUGGGCUUUCUGAUGAAGAGACCGAUGAAGAUUGCCAUCAAGACAUGGAUGAUGACUACGCUCACUAUAUCAAAAACAUACCUCUUCAAUCUCAGAUCAAAAAUCUCACAAUGGAAGACAUGGACAUUGGCAUCGUCUGUGACGACGGUUCCCCAGGAUCAACAACAUCAAGGACAGCAACGCCUGCGCCCAAUGAGAAUGACUAUCUGAUAGUAAUUCCUUAUGCCCACAUAUUCGCCCUGAUGCUGAAAGCUCUAAAGUUACCCCCUGCAACUUACUAUCACAAGAUAUGCCCAGGCGGAAAGAAUCGUGUGACGGUUACUUUCAUUUCUUCUUUGGAAUUGCUCGAUGAUGCACUUGUUCCAAGUUCUCUGUCAGGUGCAAUCUUAGAUAGCUAUGAAGAUGUUGAAGACAGUGCUGCUAUUGAAGCUAUUAGAUACAUGGAAAAUGCAUAUGGCAAAGAAAUGAGGGACUACCACUACACUCAUGUCAAGAAGCUUGAAAAUCAAGUGACACACCUGGUCAAAUGGUUGGUUGCAUCAAAUAAAACAAUCAAGAAGCUGCGCAAAACAUGCUACUACGCUGUUAGGUAUAUGAGCUCAUAUUCUGCCCAAAUAGAAAACACAACGACUGCUCGGCAUUUGAAAGGGCGGGAUAGCACCAAGGGAGUUAUGAAAACAGCGCUGGCAAGCAUUGAAGGGCUGACGCAGAGGCUACGCUACAUUGCUAUGAAGUUUGAGCAGCACCUCGCAGCAACCAGAAAUAGUUUCUGGUGA